GAACAAGCAUUCACCAGAGGACAAGCUCUGUUUUAUACUGCAAAAGGCAAACUGUGGCCUGUGGGAUGGGAAGAUAAAUAAUAUAGACAAAGUUUUUGUUAUUUUCGUUUCUUCUAUUUAGAAGAGAAGAGUGUUAGAUAUCUUUACUUCCCCAAAAGAAAUCAAAAGAUCUCUGAGAGCACAAAGAGGUGACACAAUGAACAAAGGAGAUUCUUCUGAUGAUUGUCUUCCAAAGUUCUUCAAAGUGUAUCUACCUGAUGAUUCCGGAGAUGAUCUGGACAUACCCAUUUCUUUCAACAGCUUCUUACCAAAGCCACUACCUGAGUACAUAAUUGUUAGAAGCAUUUAUGGAAACAUUUGGAAACUGAAGUUGAGGAAACAUUGUGGUGAUGAUGUUGAUAAAGUUUCUAUGCUUAAUGGAUGGAAGAGAAUAGUAAAGGACGAAGAUUUGAAAGGUGGAGAGUUCUUGGCCUUCGAGUUUGAUUGCUAUCGUCUUUUCAACUUUUGUAUUUACGGCCAAGCUACUUGUAAAAGGCUUGGAAGUUCAGUGAAAACCAAAGAGAUCACAGAUGAAUCUGAGGGUGAAGAUGGUAAAUCUGGUGUUGAUGUCAUAGUCAUUGAUGAUGAUAGUACGGAUGAUGAUGAUGAUGAUGAUUCUGUUAGUAGUGGACAAGAAGAUGAAUCUGAUGAUGACGAUGAUGAUGAUGUCAUUGUUAUCGACGACGACGAUGAUGAUGAUGACGAUGAUGAUGAAGUUGAUGAUGAGGAUGUUGAUGUUGAUGUUGAGGCUGAUGAUGUCGAUGAUGGUAUGGAGGCUGAUGGUGAUGAUGAUCAUAGGCAGCUUCUGGAUGAUCCGGAUAGCCCGUCCUUUACUGUGAUCCUGAACCCGAAGAAAAAGAGCCAACUGCUCAUCCCAUCUCACAUUAUGAAAGACUACAACUUACACUUUACUGAGAGAAUAACUAUCGUCGACCCGCUCGUGCCCAAGUUCGGGACGUUGGAGAGGAAAAUCAAGCUUCAGGAUAACGGAUGUCUGUUCGUCAAGGGCUUUGGAAGUGUCUUCAGAAGGAACAACGUGAAGACUACUGAUACGAUUAUAUGCGAGGUGAAGAAGAAUGGCAAUGAUGUAGCUCACAUUCUCAAGGUCCACAUUGUUAGAGGAUUAUGAUGAUGAGUCUCUCUCGGUUUAUGUAUGUGGCUUUGUGAGUCUUGUUGGCAUGUGUGUGUGUGUGUGUGUGUGUUUAGCACCAUAUUAUGUAAGGAUGCUUUUAUGAUUUGGUUUUAUAGCUAUGGAUUGUGUUGUUAGAGAUGUUUGCAACUUAACUAUGUGUUAAAGACGUUUUUUAUUAGGAUUUCCUGAAUCUCA